GGUAGCAAUUUAGUUCAUAGUUUUAUGAGGAUCAAUAUUCUUUGAUAAUAAGACACUAUUUUGGAGGCUACAAAAACUUGUUUGUUAUAAUCUCAUUAUUAAAACAAAUAAUUGAUGCCUAACAACACGGGAAUGGCCACUCUAUUAAUGUUACUAGAGAUCUGAUCAUGGAAAAAGUGUUCAAGCAACCAGCUUUCACAUAAUUUAUGGCCAUAUAAGAAUGUAGUGAUCUGGCAACCUGCUCGUGUCGAAAAAACACAAAUGGAACCUGCUUGUGAACUGCUCAGGGUUUUAUUCCAUGGAGACCUACACAAGGCUGAGAAAGUGCUCCAGGUUAAAGAGUCAUACCAGGAUGAUGAUGGGUUAUCUAUCUUCCUUCUUGCGAGACACUAUCUGGAUUAUUUGACAAAUCAUUCCCAAAGCUUUGGAUGUGGACUUUCAAAUGCUUGGACCACUGAACAGAUUCAAGAAAAUAGCUGUAGAACAAAGGUUUUCACAUUGCUUAAGUCUUUGUUUCGAUUGGGUAUACCAAUAAACACACAGCAUAAUGGAGAGACGCCAUUGUUUUGUGCAGUUAGUACUCACGACAGAGACCUCAUAAAACUUAUGCUUGAAAAUGGUGCUGAUCCAAAUGUCAAAACAAAAGACAAUGAUAUAAAUGCUAUCGCUCUGGCUAUUAUUCUAAAUGACGCAGAGAUACUUAAGCUUUUGAUAUCACAUGGAGCUAAAGUCAAUGAAACUUGUUGUCAGAAAUUAACUCCGCUGCAGUUGUCUAUGAACAAAUCAGUAAAUGUCUCAAAAGCUUUAUUACAAAAUGGAGCAGAUGUCCAACAAGUCAUGCAAAUGAAUGGAAGGAAUGAUGUAUAUAUUACUAGCCCUCCUUUGAUACAUGCAGUAGAAACCAACAACAUGUUUUUAGCCAGAAUUCUUCUUGAACAUGGAGAAGACAUAAAUCAAGGAUAUGGUAGCUGCUCUAAUUCGCCUCUGCAUAUAGCUAUUCUACAACAUAAUACAGACAUGGUGAAGCUACUUAUUCAGUUUGGUGUAAAUCUGAACAAGCGUAAUGGAAGAGGUAACACUCCUUUAGCUCAGGUACUGCUUCAUUGCAAAGGCCCAGUUCUAAAAAUGUUGGCGGAGACGUUGAUAUCUGCAGGGUGCAGUUUUACUAAAGGUAGUCCCAUUGAGGUGUUCAGAAGACAUUACCCCCCAUUGCAUAUUGCAGCUUUCUAUGGGACCCAGUUUCACCUCGAGGUAAUACAGCUUAUGAUUGAAAAGGCAGAAAUAUUGGAAAAGGAUUGGGAAAUGGAACACUUGGAGAUGUUAGAAGACAUAUCAGCAAGAGAAAGAAGGCUACCAACUUCAAAACCUGGUUUGAGUAGCUCAGAACGUACUUCUGACCUCCUUAUAAGGGGCAGACAAGUAUUCAUUAACACGCAGGCAAUUGACAAGUCCACAGCACUUUACAUGUCUGUCUUAGGGGACAACUUGAACAUUGCGAAGUAUCUAGUGGACCAUGGCGCUGACCCUUAUAUAUCCUGUCAGAAUGGCAGCCUGUUGCAUGCCGCAGUAAUGGCUAGCAAAACUGGCAUUGCCAUGAUGACGUUUGCUCUGCAGUUUCAAUUUGACUUGAACAUGUUGAACGAGGAUGGGAACACAUGUCUGAUACUGGCAGCUCGGAAUAGCUCAGUCAGCGUGUGCAGGCUGGUAAUAGAGCACGGAGCCUUGCUGAACAUCCAGGACAGCAAGUUUGGAGAGACUGCCCUCUCAGCCAGUGUGUAUUUUGGGUUUGAGGAGAAUGCAGAGCUGCUGAUAAGCAGUGGGGCUGACCCUGACAUUCCUGACUUCAGAGACACUCAUGCACUGUACUGGGCCAUUUUCAACUGCCGUGAACAGAGCCUGAGGAUGCUGCUGGAGGCUGGGGCCAGGCUCACCAGGAAAGACUUGGAUACCUACCCCAAAAAUAUCAAGGUUAUGAGGAAUCUUGCACUGAAGUCUCUGCUGCAGAAUUAUGUGGAGCAGCCUAGGGGCCUACAGCACUGCUGUCGUCAUGCAAUAAGGCGCCAUCUCAUGCAGGUGCAUGCUGGUAAAUCCAUCAUGGCUUCCAUGAUGUCACUUCCUCUACCUGCCAAGUUGAAGAGUUACCUUUCAUUGGCAAAGUAGACUAUGAAGCUUAGCUGUGAUUUGUUGAAGUCUAGUGGUUUAAUUCUUCUCUGUGUGUAUUUGUAUUGAUAAAUAUUUGUUUCAUAUAUAAAGGUAAUUAAACCAUAGUUUAUUACUGUCAGCUCUUUCUGAUAGUUGUUCUUAUUGUGUCUGUUGUUAAGUAGUUUUUAUUUAAUUUGAUAAACUAGUCACAUAGAGUUUGCAAAAUAAAAUUAAUGAAAAAAUGAAACAUACUGAUCUUUCUGUGAUAUAAAUGCAGGUUUUUGUUUUGUGUUCAUUUUGACUAUUCAUAUCAUGGCAUUGCAUGCAAAUAUGAUGUCCUGUACAAGAUACCUUUCAAUAAAUCUUAUUUAUUUUUUUAGCAAUACAUCCAUUAUCAUUAUGUUUUUUAUAAGCUGGACUAUUUGAAGAGCAGUAUGAGCUGUAUCACUCACCUGUUGUAUUGGAGUAAAAUAAGUAAGCACCUGUGUAUCUAGAGUAUUAGAGCUGUAUCACUCACCUGUUGUAUUGGAGUAAAAUAAGCAAGCACCUGUGUAUCUAGAGUACUAGAGCUGUACCACUCACCUGUUGUAUUGGAGUAAAAUAAGUAAGCACCUGUGUAUCUAGAGUAUUAGAGCUGUACCACUCACCUGUUGUAUUGGAGUAAAAUAAGUAAGCACCUGUGUAUCUAGAGUAUUAGAGCUGUACCACUCACCUGUUGUAUUGGAGUAAAAUAAGUAAGCACCUGUGUAUCUAGAGUACUAGAGCUGUACCACUCACCUGUUGUAUUGGAGUAAAAUAAGUAAGCACCUGUGUAUCUAGAGUAUUAGAGCUGUACUACUCACCUGUUGUAUUGGAGUAAAAUAAGCAAGCACCUGUGUAUCUAGAGUACUAGAGCUGUACCACUCACCUGUUGUAUUGGAGUAAAAUAAGUAAGCACCUGUGUAUCUAGAGUACUAGAGCUGUACCACUCACCUGUUGUAUUGGAGUAAAAUAAGUAAGCACCUGUGUAUCUAGAGUAUUAGAGCUGUACCACUCACCUGUUGUAUUGGAGUAAAAUAAGUAAGCACCUGUGUAUCUAGAGUAUUAGAGCUGUACCACUCACCCGUUGUAUUGGAGUAAAAUAAGCAAGCACCUGUGUAUCUAGAGUACUAGAGCUGUACCACUCACCUGUUGUAUUGGAGUAAAAUAAGUAAGCACCUGUGUAUCUAGAGUAUUAGAGCUGUACCACUCACCUGUUGUAUUGGAGUAAAAUAAGCAAGCACCUGUGUAUCUAGAGUAUUAGAGCUGUACCACUCACCUGUUGUAUUGGAGUAAAAUAAGCAAGCACCUGUGUAUCUAGAGUACUAGAGCUGUACCACUCACCUGUUGUAUUGGAGUAAAAUAAGUAAGCACCUGUGUAUCUAGAGUUCUAGAGCUGUACCACUCACCUGUUGUAUUGGAGUAAAAUAAGUAAGCACCUGUGUAUCUAGAGUAUUAGAGCUGUACCACUCACCUGUUGUAUUGGAGUUAAAUAAGUAAGCACCUGUGUAUCUAGAGUAUUAGAGCUGUACCACUCACCUGUUGUAUUGGAGUAAAAUAAGUAAGCACCUGUGUAUCUAAAGUACUAGAGCUGUACCACUCACCUGUUGUAUUGGAGUAAAAUAAGUAAGCACCUGUGUAUCUAGAGUAUUAGAGCUGUACCACUCACCUGUUGUAUUGGAGUAAAAUAAGUAAGCACCUGUGUAUCUAGAGUAUUAGAGCUGUACCACUCACCUGUUGUAUUGGAGUAAAAUAAGUAAGCACCUGUGUAUCUAGAGUAUUAGAGCUGUACCACUCACCUGUUGUAUUGGAGUAAAAUAAGUAAGCACCUGUGUAUCUAAAGUACUAGAGCUGUACCACUCACCUGUUGUAUUGGAGUAAAAUAAGUAAGCACCUGUGUAUCUAGAGUACUAGAGCUGUACCACUCACCUGUUGUAUUGGAGUAAAAUAAGCAAGCACCUGUGUAUCUAGAGUACAAGAGCUGUACCACUCACCUGUUGUAUUGGAGUAAAAUAAGCAAGCACCUGUGUAUCUAGAGUACUAGAGCUGUACCACUCACCUGUUGUAUUGGAGUAAAAUAAGCAAGCACCUGUGUUUCUAGAGUAUUAGAGCUGUACCACUUACCUGUUGUAUUGGAGUAAAAUAAGUAAGCACCUGUGUAUCUAAAGUACUAGAGCUGUACCACUCACCUGUUGUAUUGGAGUAAAAUAAGCAAGCACCUGUGUAUCUAGAGUACUAGAGCUGUACCACUCACCUGUUGUAUUGGAGUAAAAUAAGCAAGCACCUGUGUAUCUAGAGUACUAAACAUAUCUAUAUGAAACUUCACAUAUAACUGCAUAGUGUGAAAAAAAAUUGGUCAUAUGCCAUAUGUGGCCAGUGCUGCGCCAGACCAGCAUAUUCACUCUGUCUGCUGUAUUUGAUGCAAAGUUUCAUGGUCUCAUUAGAGGACAGGGUAUGUCCCAACCAGUCUGUGUGGAUAUGCGAGCUGUUCUUUAGCUACACUGGCUGCAUAUGACAUAAAAAACUUUUCCCACGACGCGGCUCACUGUUGUACUGUAAUACUUUAGUUGAAAGUAUAACCUGUUUUGUACAUAACAGAUGUUUAGGUUUAAGUGUACAUAUACUAGUAAAUCUGUCUACUAUAUAUACAGAUAUAAAAUUGAAAACUUUAAACAGUCACUGACAUAAAAAUAAAUGUACUUUAUACUAUCAAAACUGAUAAAAAGUCUAGUACACUAUCAUGAGACACUUGUUAUCCCUUGCAUUAUUACUAUAAUAUCCUUUUGGAUAACCUUAUCUGUAUUUCACAAAGCUUACAUGAACUGCUUAAUGAUGUAAUUUUAGUUUUGUUUGAUGGUUAUUUGUUUGUAUUUGUUGAAAAUCAAAAUAGGGAGGUUUUAACAUUAUUAUUAUUACUUUAUUGUUGGUAUUAAUAUUUAUCAGAUAAAUACUAUUCCAUAAUUGUUUGUUAAAAUGUGUUAAUGUUCUGCAUACAAAUGAGACCCUCUUUUUUGGAUCAGGGUUAUUUAAGCCUCACUUAAUAAACUUAUCUCCUUUAUUAAACAA